AUGCCAAAGACACGAUUCGAAAAGGCUCGCCAGACUACACGUCAACAACGGCAGGCUUACCACCUCACAUGCUCUAAUUGUCGGACAAGAAAAAUGAGAUGCGAUGGAAACCAGCCAAUGUGCGGCAUCUGUCAAGUCUACAACGACAAAUGUAUUUAUGACAAGCCGCCGCCGAUGAGCCAGAUCUUGGCUAUGGCUGAGAAAGUUGCCAUCCUAGAACGGACCAUCGAGGAUUUGCGAACAUCUGGUUCUGCGCAUCACGCAGUACUCCAGCCAAAGUACAAGACCAGUCCACCGUCAGUCCUUAAUGCGUCUCAAGAUAUCAAGAAGAGCAGCCAAGCCGAUGCUAGUAUCAGCCAAGAAGUUUACUUCCCUUCGACGUCAGCAAUCAAAGAUCCUAGGCAGUCAGGAACCGCUACCGAAAGAACUCAAUACCCUGACUCAUGGCAGGAUCAUUCGCUGGGAACAUGCCAGGUUCCCGCGCAAAUUCAAUAUUGGGAAGAAGCCGCGAUGCAAAGCGCUGCUGUGCACCUCCAUCUUCCCCCAGAUAAGGUUGCACAUCUUUUGCAAAUCCAUUGGAUCUAUAUACACCCAACUUUUCUAUUCGUUCCACGUCAAGUAUUCCUGAGAGACUGUGCCAUCGGAGGGCCUCUAUUCUCCCCAGCUUUGCUCUGUGUCAUUUGUCUUCACUCGACUCGUUUCACUGAUCGGAACCUGAGUGAUGAGCUCCUUGCCCGAGCUCGACUACUUCUUAGCAAAGACAUGCACCAAGAGCCAACGAUUCCAACAUUACAAGCCUUGAUUUUACUAAGUGCUAGAGAAAUUGGAAAAGGCUCAGUCUCUCUCGCUUGGCUAUACAGUGGUAUGGGCUUUCGAAUGGCCAUCGAUCUAGGCAUCUUCACAAAGGCGAAUAAUACCUCAGACAGUCAAAUAGGUUGCAUCCGCGAAAGGCUUGCUUGGUCGUGUUUUCUGUGGGACAAGGCUAUUAGUUUAUACCUUGGCCGAGUUCCAACACUCGUUGAGCCGCCCGAUUUUGAGUUGGGCAUACCCACAGACUGUUCGAUGGAGCACGAUCCUUGGGUCCCGCUCGGUGUUGGCGACGCUUCAGCCAUCGAUGGCUAUCGACCCACACCAUCACGUAUCUACAGCUGUUUCAACAACUUUUGCAAACUCAUGGUCAUCGUCAAUGACAUCUUACUGAAUUUAUAUAACCAGAAGAGGUCAGAUAAUUAUUCAACUGUCUUAGCUCACAUCAAAAGCGCAAGACAUGCUCUCGAUGAAUGGCGCAAGGCCACUCCAGACCACUUAAAACUUGAUGCUACAGAUAUCCGGUGUCCGCCACCACAUAUUUUAAUGCAGAAUCUCGUCUAUCAUACGACUGUGAUACUGGUACACCGUCCUUUUAGAGACUACGAACCUUGCCAGAAGGCUUGCCGUGAAGCUUCAGCGGAUGUCGAGAAUCUGCUACUUUUAUUAGAGAGAACUGACAGCUUUUCUCAUGUGACCUACAUGAUGGCAUACUGCGCAUACACUGCAGCAACAGUUGCAGUUGAAGAUCUGAAACAGGGUAUUCCAGGCUCUCAAGAGAGAGUGGAUACAUACAUGCGGGCUCUUCAUGGCUGCCGCUCAAGCUGUCCUGGUAUUCAACGUAGUAUCGAUAUAGCCCUCCGAAGUCUCGAUUCAUACGAUCUACCGAGAACUGCCGCCCCAGAAACUUCGAGAUUGCCCCUUGAAGCUGUGCAACCAGUAGCCGAGAUCAUAGACCUUUCGAUGCCAGCCUUUCCGUAUCCUUAUAUGGAUGCAAGCCUUUUAGAAGCCAGCCCUACACUCGACUUCAACAUCACCCAAUACGCAUCCCUUGAUGGCUUCCCUCAGCAGUGGUCGUCCUUGACUUUCGACGAUUUUGGUGACCUUCUCAUCUAA